GAAGAAGUCUCGGCGCGACUUUGAAUUCGCGAACCAAUAUGGCGUCCACCGAAGAUUGGCGUACUCCUGCUUUCCGCCAGAAAGUUAUUUCACAGAUCGAAGAAGCAGUAAAAAAAUCUGGGAAUCCCAAUGUGAUGAUGAAGAAUCCUAGCGACAUGGAAAAUCAAGUGUUUCUGAAGGCCAAAACAAGGGUUGAUUACCUUGCAUAUGUUGCUCGUCUUUUGGUUUAUAUUCGAGACAUACGGCCAAGUGCCCCUGGGCAGCAGCAGACACCAGCAGCAACCAUGAAUCAGCCUGGUAUGAAUCGAGGAUUGCAAUUUCCUUCACCUCAGCUCAACAAGUCACAAGCCAUGAACACCAUGGGUGCACAGGGUACCAUGCAACAAGUGGUACCAUUGGGUCAAGUCCAACAGCCAACAAUGGCACCUCAGCAGGUGUUUUAUAAUAAAUCAGGAAUGACCCAAGAACAGAUUCUUGCCCAGCACCUUCAGCAGCAUCAACAGCAACAAACGCCUCAGCAACAUCAACUUACCCCUCAAGCUAUGAUGUCGCCUCAAGCUAUGAGUGUCAACUCUCAGAAUCAAGGGGCACAUCAUCAAAUAACCCAAACACAGUCUUACAUUUCUCCAAAUCAAGGGGCAUCUCCGAUGCCUGUUCAACAGCAACCUGUACAUCAAGUGCAACAGACCAAACAUACUGUUCAAGGAAGAAUACCACAUGUUCCAUCCCCAGCUGCAGGGCAGAACAUGUCAUCCAAUUCCAUGCGAGCACCUACUCCUUCAUCCAGUUUGACAAGCCAGGCCACCAUUGCUCCAUCACCAGCUCCUUUUGUUCCAUCACCUGCAAUGCACCCAUCACCCUCCCCUCAGCAUUACGUGCCAGCAUCACCAGCUGCCCCUACAUCAGUACCAACUCCUAGCACGAUGAAUGUUCAGUCACCAGCCUCUGUUCCAAACCCUGCUUCAGUGGGACCCCCAGAAGCCAGCCCUGCUCCACUGAACCCAGCUGAAGAACAGGCUUAUUUGGAUAAGCUAAAUGAACUGAAACCUUAUGUUGAACCACUGACAAAGAUGAUAAACAAGUUGAACCGAGAUUCAAGGGAGAAAGAACACAGCAGUUUGUACAAAUUGAAGCAUCUCUACAAUAUCCUGACAAACCCAGCAAAAAGGCUUCCUUUGCAAGCGCUGGAAAAUAGUGGAAAUGUGCUGAAAAAGCUCAUCCCAAUCACUACACCACCAGCCCCUCCCACACCAUCUGGUAACACCACUUCCUUAGCCUCUACCACGUCUGUUGUAACAACUACAAGUCAAGCUGUUCCAGUAGUACCAUCAGCUCCCAUCCAGACAAUUUACAAACCUUUGUUUGAUGCAGUUACAAAGCAUGCAAAGUCACCUAUGUUGGGCCACACUCUGAAGAGAACAUUUACACCACUGCUGCAAGCUAUGGAAGGACCACCCAUACUUCCUAUCCCACCUCCAGCCAAGAGGAUCAAGGUUACUGGUGAAAUCCCCAAGAAGUGUACUGUGCCCCAUGUGUUGCAAGGGGAACUUGCCCGCUUGUGCAAUCGAUUUCAAGUGAGAUCAGGAGUCAGCUCUGGAGCAGUACAGAGUAACACACUUCUGGAGUGUUCAAUAAAUGACCUGAACCUGCCUGCAGUUCCACCAAUAGAAAUCAGUGUUCCACAGAACUACCCUUACUCCAGUCCUGAGUGCAAGACGGCAAAUUAUAAUGCCAACCCUUUUCUCCAGAAAGUCCAGAGGCAGCUAUCUUCAAAUCUGCAGUGUAUGCCUGAAAAGUACUCUGUUACAUCAGUCCUGAAUGCAUGGGAACAAAGCAUACGGCAAGCUUGUCUUGCAGAAGUUGCAGUGAACUAAGAUAAUGGGUUGGGGGACUUCAGUUAAAUUUUGUUGUAAAGUAAUUUCUAUAGCUACAAAGUUGUAUUUUGACAGAAAAGUAAGAUAUUUAUUUGUGUAGAAACCGUUAAGGGAUCACCAUGAAAAUUGUAGUCAGACUACAAAAAUGUCACUUUUUUGAAUAGAAGGUAUUUUAUAAACUAUAUAUUUGUGUAAGAGAGGGAACUGUAAGAAUACUCAAUAUAACAGAUUCUCCAGCCAUCAAUUUUUCCGUUGAUAAACUUAGCAAUCAAUGUUUAAAGAAAAUAUUGUUCUGUUACUGUUUCAGUGCUUUAAACAAUUUUUGACGUGAUCUUGAUCUAUUUAUUUGCUGUGCUGUCUGGUAAAUGAUCAUUUACAAUAA